AUAUCUUUGAAACGUUUAUGUAUGUGGUGUUUACAUUACACUGCCCAAGAUGUGGUGGUGUUGUUGAAGAGAGAUGUCUGUUGGCGGAAAUUUAAGUCAGUUUGCUAGAAAUAGUUCUGUUUCCUUACCAGUUCAAUCUGAGACGAAGAGACAGUUAGUUGAUGAUGAAGAGAGGAAUGAAGGUCCAUCCAGAAGUGCGAAGGAAAAAAGAGUCCAUCCGCCGUCGUAUGACACUCCGAAAAUUGCUACAUUGACAGAAAAUCAUUCGCAACUAUCUUCUGUGAAGUCUGAAGCAGAUGUGGAAAUCGAUGAGAGUGAUGUGUAUGUUGACUGUGAAGCUGGUGAUAUAAACAGUUGCCAUUCGUACAAAUCCCAGUCCGUCUCUGGGCUUUCUAGAUCAGAGAUUCAGGCACAGAAAUCGAAGAAAAAUGGGCUUACAGCCCUGGAGAAACAAGUGCUUGGUCUGAAGCAACAACAUCCUGGAAUGAUUCUCAUGAUACAAAAUGGAUACAAGUACCACUUUUAUGAAGAAGAUGCUGAGAUAGCUUCAAAGCUGCUGGAAAUUGCAACAUUUCGUCUUCAUAAUUUCCUGCAGGCAUGCGUACCUGUAGCUCGCCUAAAAUAUUAUGUCUACCAGUUUGUAGAGAAAGGUUAUAAAGUGGGAGUGGUCAACCAGACUGAAACUACUGCACUGAAAGCAGCUGGAGAAAACAGGAAUGCCCCAUUUUCAAGAGAACUAAGCUGUGUUUACAGUCGAGCCACAUUAAUUGGUGAUGAUGUAAAUCCACAGGCCUUUGAAGGAAACUGUUUGAUGAGAGAGAGAAAGCCUUCGUGCAUUCUUUCUCUGUGUGAGGAUAACACUGGAAAUAAAACAACUAUAGGAAUUGCAACAUUUGAUCCCAGCACUGGUGAAGCUAUAUAUGACUCAUUUGAUGACCUGAAAACAAGAGAAGAACUCGAAAAAAGAUUAGCUCAUCUAAAUCCUGCAGAAAUACUGAGCCAAGAAACACUCAGCACAAGCACCGAAACUUUAUUAAAACAUAGCGGAGCAUGUCUGGAACGACUCUCAGAUGAAGAAUAUGAGUUUUCAAAAGCAUUGGCUGUUGUUGCCGUAUUUCUGAGCAGCCCAAAUGACAAACCAAUAGGCUAUUCUGAACCAGUGUUGACUUUGAAUGAAUUAACACCAAUAGUGAUCAGGGCUCUGGGUGCAUUGUGGCAGCAUCUGGCACAAUUUAAACUUCAGGAUGGAAUGAGUGCUGCAAGGUUAACAAGUUUUACAUCACUGGAAAAGCACUUGCAGUUGAGUGCAUCAGCCCUUCAGAAUUUGGAGGUUUUUGCAAGCAGUAGUGGUGAUGAAAGAGGUUCCUUGUUAUCUAUAAUGGAUCAUACAAGAACUGCAUUCGGGAAAAGAUUACUGGAACAAUGGAUGUCACAACCUUCGCGUGAUAUUUCAGAACUCCUGAGGCGGCAGGAUGCCGUGCAGGAGUUGAUCAACCCUAACUGCAGAGUUACUCCUCUACUAGGUGACAUUCUAAAAGGCCUUCCAGAUCUAGAUAGAGGACUUACAAAUGUAGCUUAUCACAGAUGCACUACCAACAACUUCUACCGAUUGAUAGAAGCUUUGAGUUUUAUUUAUCAAAGCUUGGAAGUCAUUGCAGUUGUUACAGAAGCCUAUGUUCAAAGUUCUUUGAUAAGGGAACUAAUAACUGACAUAACUGUACAGCUCCGUGAUGUAAAGGAAAUUAUGAAUAUUUUGAACCCUUCAGCAGCCAAGAUUGGUGACAAAACAUCAAUUUUAAAUGAUUAUUCAGAGUUCCCAAAUGUUUUGAGGACCAAGACAGAAAUCAAGGCACUGGAAAAUGAGCUGGAUGAGUUGCGACCAUCCAUUGCAGAAACUUUGGGAGUGCCUUUGUUCUACUAUAUUACAGUUGCUGGUCAAGAAUAUUUGAUACAAGCCAAGAAGGAUGUGCAAGUGCCUCUUGACUGGAUCCUUGUCAAUCAGACAAAGACCUAUCGACGGUACCGUUCCCCACAAGUUAUAUCCAUUUUGAAGCAGUUGUGUCAGCUACGUGAAAAAGUAGAAGCUGAUUGUGAAGAAGCUUGGAGAAAUGUGGUGGACCAGUUUAACAAAGAUUACAUAAGACAUAAAAAAUCUGUUAAAAAUCUUGCAGCCUUAGAUGUAUUGUUAUCAUUUUCAGAAGCUGCGAAGCUCAGUGAUUACUGCAGGCCAAAGCUGAUUGAAUCAGUAGAAUCAGAAAUUCAUAUUAAGAAUGGACGACAUCCUGUUCUAUCAAGAAUUAUGGAAGAAUCUGGACAUUUUAUUCCAAAUGAUUCUUAUCUAAAGAGCUCUGAGCCUAUGGUGCUGUCAGGACCUAACAUGGGAGGCAAAUCUUGUUAUGUUCGCCAGGUUGCACUGUUAGUCAUUAUGGCACACACCGGCUCAUUUAUACCAGCUGAGUAUGCCACUAUCAGCAUUCUUGAUGCCGUUUAUGUAUGGAUGGGUGCAGGAGAUAACAUUUUGCAAAGGAAGAGCACAUUUAUGGUUGAAGCUGAGGGAGCAUCAAAUAUCUUGAACCAAGCAACAACCCAGUCGUUAGUUAUAAUGGAUGAAUUUGGGAGAGGUACAAGUACUUAUGAUGGAGCUGCUCUAGCUGCAGCAACUUUGAACUACCUCAAAUCCAAGGUUGGCUGUCUACUACUCUUUGUAACACAUUACCCUGAGGUGAUGGAAACUGUACCAGACUGUAACUACCACAUGGGAUACCACAUAGUACGUGAAGAUGAAGAAGCUGAAGGAAAGUUAAUAUUCCUGUACACUGUUAUGAAAGGAGGAGCAAGCAGCAGCUAUGGCUUAAAUGUUGCCCGCAUGGCUGGUAUUCCGGGACCCAUAAUAAAAGUAGCAAAAGAUUUUGCUGAGAGAGUAAGAGCUCAAAGAAUCAUCAAAAGAGAGAUGAGGGGGCUUCUACAGAACAUGUGGUCUGACGAUCAGGACGAAGUAAAUAACGCUCUCAAUGAAAUUGGUGACCUUCAUGUUCCAUGGAAACAGCACCAUGAUGCAAUUGAUACAUGCUGAUGCCCUUCAACAAUGAAGAGUUUGGAAUGUUAUCAGAAAGUUUUAUCUCUCAUUAGGGAAGGAAUUUCUAUUCCUAUGGAUGCAUGUUAUCUUCUACAAAAGUUUUUUUUUUUUUUUUUUUCAAUAACUGGAAUGUCAUUAUCAAAUUUUAUGAUAUAUUUAUGAAUUAUUAAGGAAAAUAUUAUUAAUUUAGAAAGCAAAAGCUGACAGAAUAUCUUGCAAGUCAGUAAAUAAAUUAUAUAAAGUUUUACAUUUUUAUUGCAUUUUUGUAUAUUAGAGUGACAGUAUGAUCAUAUGUAGCUGUACUCCUUGCCUUCUGUCAUAACUGACACAGUCUCAUGAUCAAAAAAGUAUGGCAUGGUGAAUUAGCUGGUAUGUACAUCUCAGAAGUUAUCACUGUUUUAAUUGGUUUGUUUUAAGGAAAAGUUUAAUAAUAAAAGGAGAGAAGUGGGAGAACAGUUGCUAAUAACAUAUCUAAAUCUGUAACUUCUCUUUGACUGUAUAAUGCUGAAUGAGGCUUCUGGCUGUGGACAGCCUGGGAAUUUUGUAUAGUGGUACAGUAUCAUUUUCUGUGUGAUAUCUUUUGUUGUUCCCUUCUUCCCAUUUUUUAUUUUAAAAUUAUAUUUUUAUAUUUAUUUGCUUUCAUUUGUCAGUUCUUAUUCUAUAGUAUUUAGUCAAACAGCGGAAAAUCCAGAAUGGAAUGUAACAAUAUUAUGAAAAGGAUAGUUGCUUCUCAUCUUAUAGUGGUGUGUGUGUGUGUGUGUGUGUGUGUGUGUUCAUUUGUUUGUUUGUUUUUAUCAUCUACUUUUGACAUUGGCCUUAUUGGCCGAAAUCUUAUUUGUGACAGUUUUUUGUUGUGCCUAUCUGAGAUUCAGCAUCUCCACUACAUGGUGAGUAGCAACUUACCUACUCAUAAUAGUACUUAUUCAAGUAUUUAUGCAAGUUGUUCUUUAAUUUUUCCUUUGUGCAGCAGAAGUGCCAUGAUAGAUUCUUGGAAUUGUUGAAAUGGCAAGUCCCCACCCAUAUCCUCCGUGCUUGCUAAUAUUAGAUUCCUGCCAGAGGUUGAAUGUAAAUCUGUAUCUGCAGUGAUGGUUGUGGAUUCAUAGCCCAUUGUGGCAUAUCAAUCAUAAGAAUGUGCAGUGUCUGUUCUUUCGGACAUGUCUGACAGAACACACACCACGUGGAAUCCUCAGCUGUGAUACAUAUUAUGUAAAUUGAGGAUUCCACGUGGAGUAUGUUCUUUCAGACAUGUCCAAAAGAAUGGACACCAUGUGUUCAUGCAGUUGAUACACCUCAGUGGGCUAUGACUCAACAAACAUCAUUGCAGAUACUUAUUUACGUUUGAUCUCUGGUGGGAAUCUAAAAUUAGCUAGCAAGGAGGACAUGCAUGGGGAAUGUGGAUAAAUGGUGGUGGUAGGUGGAAAUGUGGCUUGACUGAGGAGCGUGCUGAGCUAGUCCAUACAUUUGUGAUUAACACUGUGUCCAGGUGGUGCAGUGGUUAACACAACUGCCUAGUAAGCAGAAAAUCAUGGGUUCAAGUCCCAGUCUGGCAAAUACUUUCAUUCAUUGCCACUGAUUCUGCAUGAAGUCCUGCUACAGCUGGUACCAUCAGUCACUUGCCAGCCCUUUCCUCCCCCGUGCUCCCCCCCCCCCCCC